UUGCAUUUUUCGGUCGGGUUUCAGCGCUGGUUAGCUAGGCCAUGGUUCUGGGCUAGCCAUCUACCCAGCGAUGGUAGAUUUCACCCAUGCAUGGGUAAGUGAUCCCGGGAUUCCAGAAUCAUGUCACCCAGCGAUGGGAAGAUCUUCCCAUCGAUGGGUAAGCAGUCCCUCAGCGAAACUGAUUUCCAGAACCAUGCCAAACAGCGAUGGGAAGUUCUACCCAUCGAUGUUAAAGCCUUGGUGCAACAUUACCACAAGGCAGAAUGCCCUUACCCAGCGAUGGGAAGCCAGCGAUGGGAACGCUUAACCAUCGAUGGAAUAGGUGAAGGGCAAUCAACCACACGGCCACCUCUUUUUGAUGGAACCAAUUAUAAAUAUUGGAAAGAACGAAUGAGAAUCUAUAUUCGUUCCACGAACUUCCAAUUAUGGUUGGUUAUCAAAAACGGGGAAGAGGUGCCGAUGAAGAAAGUCGGAGACAAGUUGAUCCCCAAGACCGAAGACGAGUUUGAUGCCGAGGACAUCAAAAAGAUCGAGAAUUAUGCAAAGGCAAUAAAUAUGCUUUAUUGUGCCGUAAAUCCUGAUGACUACCGCAAGAUCUCCUGCUGCUCAACCGCCAAGGAGAUGAUGAAGGAGCACGAGAAGAUCGACGACAUGUUCGACCGAUUUUCCAAGAUAGUCAACGAUCUUCAUGCAUUGAAGAAGACUUACACCGACAGGGAUCUUGUACGAAAGAUCCUACGGAGCUUGACAUCCGAAUGGCGAUCUAAGGCCGAUUCCAUCUAUGAGUCAAUCGCCACAUCAAAUGUCACCAUCGACGGUUUAAGAGGUAACUUAAAAACCUAUGAAUCUACUAUACUUAACCCGUCUUUGAAUGACCAAAGGAAAGGCAUAGCAUUAAAAGCCUUCAAAGAACCAACGAUGAAUGACUCAAGCGACGAUGAUGAAGUCAAGCUUGUCAUGAAGAAGUUUUGUAAACUUCUAAGAAAGAAAGAGAAGGUUGAGGAUGGCCCUGUGUGCUAUGGAUGUGGUGAAGCCGGGCACAUCAAGAACAAAUGCCCGAAAAGCGGAAGGAAUGCUCAGCACUUCAAAAGGCAAAGAGCAUACAUCUCCUGGGGUGGAGACUCCGGCGAUGAAUCAAGCGAACAAGAGGAAGAAGAGGAAGCAAAUCUUUGUCUCAUAGCUCAAGAAGAAGAGGAGUCCGCCAACAACAAAAACCAAGAG